CAAAUUUCAGUCAAAAUGCCAAUGCCACUUCGGUUUCUUGAAUCCUCACGGCCAAGCGUCAGCACUGCACCAAUUCCAGUAGACAAUAUUACCGACCCACAUGCCAGACGAACAGCAGAACUCAGAAACGCAGAACUGGAAAAGCUUCAAAAAGCGAAGGAGCUCGAGCAACGAACUAGGGUUGAAUGUCAACAGGCUCUUGACCAAUACGAUGUACUGAAAAAAAUCCCAACAUUGACGGAACAAGAACGGAAAGAAAACGAGACGCUCACCAAAAAGAAAAUAGCUAAAGCCAUUAUUGCUGCACAAAAAGCUUCUCAAGCUGUGAUGGAUGCACGUGUAAUUAUGGGAGCCAAAGGCGAGGAACUGACAAAGUGAAAAUAAUUGAUUUGUCUGUUAAAAUUUCUAAAUUAUUGAAAUUUUAUAAUUAAUAGGUCUCAAUCUGAUGCAGUCUUUCCAUAUGAACAUUGUUGC